CAUCACCCUAAACCUCACCCGCUCCACCACUCCUUUUACCGCCCCCCUCUCCUACCAUGGAGGCCUCCGCCUCCGCCUCCGCUUCUGCCCCCGCGGCGCUCCUCCCGCUGCUAGCCGCACCUCCACGCUUCCUCCACCUCCCUCUCCGCCGCCCCUCCACCCGCCGCCACGGCUGCGGGAGUAGUCUUCUGCUCCAGCCACCGCCGCCGCCGGGCCCCGGCUCCCGCGCCCACUUUAGGACAACCUGCUGCGCGUCGAGCUCCGACAAGGCGGACGUGCAGCAGGGCGGUACCUCGCUGCUCAGCGUCGCGGCGUUCACUCUCCUCGCCGCCCUGCAGCUCGUGUGGUUGCGGUGGCGCAGGGCGACGCACGGGGAUUCCCCUGAGGUUUUACAUGAACAUGGGAAAAACAUGGUAAAUAAGGUCCUUGGUGUACAUAAAGAAACACAGGCUUAUUCUGUAACUAUUCAUUUGACACCACCGAUUACAUCAGUAGAUAUUUCUGGACGACAAGAAGUUAGUUGCUCAACACUAACUGCAAAUUGUUCCAUUGAAAAUGUUACAAGUGUUCCUGUGAUGCCAGAUACCGUAUCAGAAGGACAAGAUAAGGCCAAGUAUUUUUCUAACAGUAUAGGCCGGGUAGCUGGGCUACCUUAUCAAUUUUUAUCCCUUUCAGGACAUCAGGAAGUGGUGCAAAAUAGCCCAGGUCAUACUACCAAGCAAAAAGAUGCCUGGGAUACUAAUUUAGUUGGGUGCCGCCAGAGUGAUCAAGAGGAACAUCUUGAUUUUACUUCUCUUUCGUCCUUCAAAAGAAUAGCAGAAGAUCAUCUUGAUUUUUUCCCCCUGGCUGGCAAUCGCAAUUUGUUCGAACCAAGGAAAGGGAUUGAAUCCACAAACUCAAAUGCAAUGAGCUCUUAUUUGCCAGCAGGGCACUUUGCUCCAGUUGCAUGCUUAAGGGAAGGUCCUGUGAGUAAACAAGAGAAAGCUGUGAAGGACCAUGAUGAUGCACCAGUAACUGGUUGGAGCAUUUCUAACGUACUAAACAAGGAGAAUCCAGAUAACUUCGCUCAAGCAAAAAGAGGGGGAUUGAAGGGAACUAUGGAUACAUUCGAUUACUCAAGGAUAUACAAUAGUCUCUUAAUUGACGGAAGACUGAAGGACUGUGUGGAUUUGUUAGAAAGCAUGGAGCAAAAUGGAUUACUUGAUAUGAAGAAGAUCCACCAUGCCAGCUUUUUCAGUAUGUGUAAGAAGCAAAGGGCUGUCUGGGAAGCUCUUCGCUUCUGCAGAUUGAUUGACAGCCCAAAAAUAAGUACCUUCAAUAUGCUUUUGUCCGUGUGUGCUAAAUCACAAGAUUUUGGUGGAGCCCUCCAAGUUAUGGAGCUCCUAAAGGAAGCUGGGCUAAAACCUGAUUGUAAACUUUACACCACGUUGAUAUCAACUUGUGCAAAGUGUGGAAAAGUUGAUGCCAUGUUCGAGGUCUUCCAUGAGAUGGUCAGUGCUGGUAUAGAGCCAAAUGUUAACACAUACAGCUCAUUAAUUGAUGGCUGUGCUAGAGCUGGACAAGUGGCAAAAGCAUUUGGUGCUUAUGGGAUUAUGAGUUCAAAGAAGGUGAAGCCAGAUCGAGUUGUCUUCAAUGCUUUAAUCAGUGCAUGCGGUGAAUCUGGGGCGGUGGCUCGGGCGUUUGAUGUUUUAUCAGAAAUGACAGCAGAAUCUUCAGAAUCAAAAGGAUCCAGACCAAUCCUUCCUGAUCAUGUUACUGUUGGAGCGCUAAUGAAGACAUGUAUUCAGGCGGGCCAGGCUGAUCGAGCUCGUGAGGUGUAUAAAAUGCUUCAGGAGUACAAUAUAAAGGGUACCCCAGAAGUUUACACUAUCGCAUUGAGAAGCUGUAGCCUGACUGGUGAUUUAGGGUUUGCACUGAAGAUAUAUGAAGAUAUGGACAAGAUUGGAGUAAAACCUGAUGAGAUGUUUUUGAGUGCUCUAGUUGAUGUAGCUGGCCAUGCAAAGAGGGCAGAUGCUGCAUUUGAGAUAAUGAAAGAUGCAAGAGCAAAAGGUUUACACGUUGGAACAAUUGCAUACAGUUCUUUAAUGGGAGCUUGCUGCAAUGCAAAGGACUGGAAGAAGGCACUGCAGCUGUACGAGGAGAUUAAGUCUAUCAAAUUGACCCCAACUGUUUCAAUGAUGAAUGCUUUGAUCACCUCUCUGUGUGAUGGUGAUCAGGUGAUAAAGGCUGUUGAUGUCCUUAAUGAGAUGAACAGAAUAGGAGUCUGUCCAAAUGAGAUAACAUAUUCUGUCUUACUUGUUGCUUGCGAAAGAAACGGUGAAGCACAGCUAGGUUUGGAUUUGUUUGAACAAUUGAAAAUAGAUGGCAUUGGCAUCAAUCCAACCAUUAUUGGUUCUCUGACUGGUUUAUGUCUACAAAUGUUUGACAGAGAUCUCUCGCUUGGGAAUAUUAUUGUCAACUUCAGCUUAGGGAAACCACAAAUUCACAACAAAUGGACUUCCGCAGCUAUUAAGGUGUAUCGUGAUGCAGUUUCAACUGGCCUAGUACCUUCAAGCGAUGUUUUAUCUCAAGUGUUGGGAUGUUUGAGGCUUCCUCAUUACAAUUCGCUGAAGAGUAGUUUUAUUGAGAACAUGCAAAUAAGUUGUGAUAUUCCACAUAAUCCAAAUAUAAAUUCACUCUUUGAAGGAUUCGGUGAAUAUGACAUUCGUGCUUUUUCGAUUCUGGAGGAGGCUGCCUCACUAGGAGCAGUUGGAAGUAUUUCCAUGAAAGAUACUAGGAUUGUUAUUGAUGCAAGAAAGUUAAGGAUCCACACAGCCGAGUACAGUGCCACCAUCAAGGCAGUUCAGUGCAACAAUGGCCGCAAGUUCGAUAACUCCAGUGCUCGUAUGUUCUUCCUGACCCAUGGCGCCCAUCUUCAGAUGUCGUGCCCCUACACCUCCUCCCAGAAUGGUAAAGCUGAGUGUAUCAUUCGUUCCACUAAUGAUAUUAUUCGCUCACUUUUAUUUCAAGCUCGCAUGCCGCCAUCUUACUGGGUUGAGGCUCUUGGCGUGGCCACCUACCUGCUCAACAUCCUCCCAACCAAAACCCUAGGGUUCGUUACACCGCACUUCGCCCUUCACGGGGUUUUGCCUACAUACGAUCACCUUCAGGUCUUUGGUUCUGCAUGCUACCCAAACCUCGUUGCCACAGCCGCUUACAAGCUUGCGCCGCGUUCUACACUCUGUGUGUUUCUCGGCUACUCUGCUCACCACAAGGGAUACCGCUCCUUAACCGUUCCAUAAAUUGAGUCAUCAUCUCUCGUCAUGUGUCUUUUGAUGAGGCCUCGUUUCCCUUUGCUGAGCCAUCGCGUCUUCCCAGCGAAGCAGACUUCGAGUUCCUGGAUGAUAUUACUACUAAUGUGCUGGCCCCCAUUGGACUGUCACCUCUUGUUUCCUCUACAGGACCUCAUCCAGACGUCGCCGCGUUGCCACACGUGGCCCCCGGCUUUCCCGCGUUGCCAUACGCGGCCUCCGGCGCUUCGACGACGCCACCAGCUGGCACUUCCUGGCUUCCCACCCCUACCGGUUGGAACUCCACUACUCCAGCACCGGCUGCCGGCCACGUCCGGUCCCCUGCGUCACCCAUUGCCAUGACUGGCUCACCGCCGGCCCCUGGCCGGCCACAGCCAACCACUCCGCCGUCCAGUCGGCCUCAACCGGCCACCCCGUCGCCAGGGCAGCCCCAGCCACGACUUGCUGGCUCGGCUGCUCUUCACCGGCCGCUCUCCGCCUUCCAGCACGUCUACAUUCGACGACAGCAGCCCUCUGCUGGUCUCCCUCCUUCCUUGCCUAAGGGAGCCGUGCUCGUUCCCCCCGUGGUGAACCAGCACAGCAUGACCACCAGGGCAAAAGCUGGUUUCCGCCAGCCGGCGCUCUACCACGCCACUCUGCUGUCGCCGAUCCCGAAGACCUUUCGCAGCGCCCUUGCCGAUCCAAAAUGGUGGGCUGCUAUGGAAGCUGAGCACGACGCUCUGCUGGCGAACAUGACUUGGGAUCUUGUUCCUCGCCCGCCUCGCGCCAACAUCGUCACCGGCAAGUGGAUCUUCAAGCACAAGUUCCAUGCUGAUGGUACCCUAGAGCGGUACAAGGCGCGCUGGAUCCUUCGCGGCUUCACCCAGUGCCCAUACAGCUCAUCCUGACCACGUCUGCCACCUGAAUAAGUCCCUCUAUGGACUUAAACAGGCGCCCCGUGCCUGGUACAGACGAUUUGCUGCAUACCUCUUGUCCCUGGGAUUCACGGAGGCCAUGUCUGACACCUCCUUGUUCGUCUUUCGGCGCGGCGAUGAUAUGAUCUACUUGCUGCUUUAUGUCGACAACAUAGUGCUCACAGCCUCUUCUAUCGGACUCCUUCAGCGUACCAUCACUUCGCUGCAGUCUGAGUUCGCUAUGAAGGAUCUCGGUGAGCUCCAUCUCUUCUUGGGGAUGCAUGUGCAACGCCGUGGCACUGGCCUGUUCCUUUCCCAGCGUCAGUAUAUGGUGAAACUUCUGGAGCGCGUAGGUAUGGCUGAGUGCAAGCUGUGCACCACUCCUGUUGACAUCAAUCCGAAGUUACCAGCAGAUUGGCCGCCCGUCCAGAAUCCUUCGGAUUAUCGCAGCCUUGCAGGAGCUCUUCAGUGGCUGACCUUCUCCCAUUCGGAUAUCUCAUAUGCCGUUCAGCAGGUCUGCCUCUUCAUCCAUGAUUCUCGGGAGCUGCAUCUUGCUGCCCUCAAGCGCAUCCUGCGCUAUGUGCGUGGCACACUGCACAUGGGUCUUCUUCUUCAGCCGUCUCGGAGCUCUAACUUGACGGUGUACUCCGACACUGAUUGGGCUGGCUGCCCCGACACCAAGCGUUCCACCUCCGGCUAUGCGGUCUUCCUCGGCGACAACCCGGUCUCUUGGUCUUCCAAGCAGCAGAAUACAGUGCAGAACACAGACUCCCGUUCCAGUGUAGAGGCUGAUUACCGUGCUGUGGCCAACGAUGUGGCCGAGGCCACCUAGUUGCGACAACUUCUGCUGGAGCUUCAUGUGCCUUUACGCUGAGCCUCGCUGGUAUAUUGUGAUAAUAUCAGCGUCGUCUACAUGUCCUCCAACCCCGUCCAGCAUCAGGGCACCAAGCACAUCAAGAUCGAUCUCCACUUUGUUCGGGAGCGCGUUGCUAUUGGUGAUGUCUGCAUCAUGCACGUCCCGACGUCUGCCCAGUACGCCGACAUUUUCACCAAGGGGUUACCUACUUCUUUGUUUCAGGAGUUCAAGUCCAGUUUGAACAUUCGAGGCUUCACCAAUCAGACUGCGGGGGUGUGUUAGCAAGGCAAUUAGGGUUCUGAUUAGCAGGCCCUGUUGGGCCUUGGGUGGCUGGCGCCCAGCCUCCCUGGCUAGAGGCGCCGCCCCCUCCUCUGUUUGGUAGAUGGCGGCAGGGCCCCCUGAUGGUGGUGUUUCUAUAAACUAUCUAGGGUUCCCUGCCUAUAUAUAUGUACACCCAUUGUGCACCUCUAUCAAUCAAUCCAAUCAUUCCCUGCAAUCCAUAUUGCUUACAGUUUUACCGUUGACACGAGGAAGAGUCUCGAAAUCCAUGGCGAUAUCAGCCCACACUACCGACGGAAUGUCCAGAGUUUGCAGUAAACCGCCAGGGCGCAGGUGUUCGAUCUUGUUACGCUGGCAGACUUCACAAUUACAGACAAAAUUGAGAACCAAACGGCGAUCACCCGGAAUAUGGAAAUCAGAUCCUAGGCGAUGCAGCACCUUCUGGAUCCCUUCGUGGCCCAUGCCAUGAGCAAAUUCCAGCAAUGACGAGACAGCAGCGUAUGAUGCUGGUACAAAAACCUUCCCAUCUUUUAACAAUAAUAGUUGAUCAGCGAUAGUCCAGCCAUCCUCCUCCUUAGCUGCCUUGGCACGGGCGUCAGAGAGGGCAGCGUCCACCUCUAGCUGCUUACGCAGUUCAUCAAAGAAAGCAAAUGCCGGCGUGGACAAUGCUGAAAGCUCCCCAGACUGGCCCUCCUCUCGGCGAGACAACGCAUCCGCCGCAACAUUGGCUGCGCCUGGCUUGUACUCAACACGAAAAUCAUAUCCAUGCAGUUUGGCAGCCCAAUGAUGUUGAGGAAUAGUAGACAGGCGUUGAUCCAGAAGAAACUUCAAGCUAUGAUGAUCCAUACGAACAAGAAAUUCCCGGCCCAAGAUAAGGGCACCAAUGUUUCACUGCCUGCACUAACCCAAUGAGCUCUCGCUCGUAAGCAGCUAGCUUAGCAUGUUGCUGGGCAAUGGGUCAGCUGAAGAAAGCUACGGGUCCGCUGCCUUGGUGUAACACUUCCCUGAAGCCGGAACCCGAUGCGUCGCACUCCACAAUAAAGGGUGCGCUGAAAUCUGGUAGAUGAAGUACCGGGGCGGUGGACUGCAGAUUGGAGUGCCUUGAAUGCCGAGAGGGCGGCUUCAUCCCAAAAGAACCCUUCUUUCUUCAACAGGCGAGUGAGUGGAGCCGUAAUUAAGCCAUAAUCUUUGAUGAAGCGCCUGUAAUAACCAGGGAGGCCUAGGAAAUCUCGGACUGUCCAAACCUACUUGGGAAUUGGCCAGGUGAGUAGCUCCCUGACCUUGCGCUCAUCCAUAGCUACACCUUGGGCUGAAAUUACAUGCCCCAAAUAACCAACAGAUGGCUCCCCGAAAGAGCACUUGGACUGUUUCAAAAAGAGAGCAGGCUGCUGUAGCGCCUCAAAUACUGCCCGGAUAUGAAGUAGGUGCUUGGCCCAAGACUGACUGUAAAUCAGGAUAUCGUUGAAGAAAAUCAAUACAAGGCGGCGUAAGAACGGUUUCAGGACGGAGUUCAUCAAGGCUUGGAAAGUCGCCGGGGCAUUCGUGAGGACAAACGGCAUAACCAAGAAUUCAAACAGGCCCUGAUGCGUCUGGAAUGCAGUUUUGUCAAUGUCCGCAGGGCACAUACGUACCUGGUGAUAACCUGACCGCAGGUGCAUCUUGGUGAAAUAUGUGGCGCCAUGCAGUUGAUCCAAGAGCUCCUCGACUACUGGUAUCGGAAACUUAUCUUUCACUUGUCUUUCACUGUGCAAGAAUUGAGAGCUGGCGACUAGGAAUUUUUUGCAGGAGUAAGGCUGUCUAGGAAUUCCCUUGCCCAGACCUCACCUUGUGUGGGUGGUAAAGGGCCUUGGAAUUUGGCCUAGAGAAUCUAAGGGCGGGGCCUUAAAAGGGUCGGGCUCUAAUCCUAUACAAUUUUGAGUUAAAAAAUUUAAGGGUCAUGUUGGACUGUGAAGAGACCAUUAGGGCCAUGGCCCAUUACCACCCCUAGUGUGGGAGCUUUCGCACUGGGUACACCCUUUUUCUCAGUAGAAAUUAUUCUAUGGUGAGAUUCUCCCCAAGAAAAAGGUUCUAUGGUGAGAAACAGCAGCAACUCGGUUGCCAAUGGGACGUUUUCUUCCCAUAGUCGAGUCCCCCCAUUUUGUGUGUCCU